AUGUGGACUUUGGUCACAUCCAGCGCCGACACCACGUCCGGCUCCACUGCCUUUAGUCUGCCAGAUGAGGGCGUUGCUCAUAUCGUCAUGGGUAUACACACUGCUGCAUCAUUCGGAGUCAAGGUUCAAGCUGUCGCCGAGACUUUGAUCAUCGUACCCGAUGCAACCCCCGCCGGCAUUGGUGGCCCACCGAGUGCCAAGUACGAGUUGCAACCACCUGUCGAUGGCCGCACAGAAUCAAUCUUUCUCCGCCAUGGCGAUGUGUUGAAGUUUACAUCAUCACAAUACAAUCUGACUUGCAAAUGGGCAAACUCGGAAGUACAGGUUGAUUCCUCAGCUGCCGACUUUGUCCAGGUGGAAAAUGGUCCCGACGCCAAAUGUAUCCCCAAGACUCCUGAAGAGGAAACCGAAGAUGAGGAUUUGGACGAACACGCUAUCGCUACAUCAACGAAACCGCAGAACAAGACACAUCCGCGAGCAACUCCCAAACCUCCAGAGCAGCCGUCUCUUGUGAUUCAAGAAACCCCAACUGCAACUCGAGUCAAUGGCGCAUCAGCAUAUCCAGAUACUAAACCACCAGAUUUCACUCAUCAAGUGGCGGAACCUGUAGAACAUACGACCUCUCCAUUGCAUGACGAAGCGUCAACUCAGGGUCCAACUGUCCCACAAGUUGCGCAUGCUUCCCCACGAACCAAUCAUGCUGCUAUCGAGGUAGGAAACCAGACUUCCGAGACACCUUCACACCAUGAUAGGAGAAACCCCUCGCCCAAGGUAAAGAUUCCACCGAGAUCAGCCAGAAAGCGUGGCACCCCUGCUAUUGACGAGGAUACCGGGUCGGAGUAUGAAGCACUCAAAGGGCCUAAUAAGCGUGCAAAGACAAGUGACGAUGAUACUCAAGAUAGUCGCCUAAGCAAUGUCAAUGUUCUUCCGUCCAAGAGAUCGUCGGUCAAGAAAGCGGCUGCAGAGACAGAGGAUAUGGUGCCCACGCGCUCACAACGGAGUUCACAACGAUCAACGACCAUUCCGGCGGGAGCUUACGAGGGUGUCGCACCACGCAUGGCGUUUAGCAAUUCGGCCAUUCCAAAGUCCCAUCAAGCCGUAAAAUUCUUGAGGAAACAAGGCGGAGCGUAUGUGGAAGACUUAGCUGAUGGCUUCGAUGUACUAUGCGUGAGACAAGGUGGUCUCCAGAAGAAACCCAAAGUAUUAUACGCUAUCGCUCGCGGUAUCCCCAUCGUCACCGACAAGUGGCUUCUGGAUUCUGCAAAGGCCGGACAUCUCCUCCCGUUGUCUGAUUUCAAGCCCUCUGUGUCUAAACAAGAAAAUGAAUGGAACUUCACCUUCGAUGGCGUCUUUGGUCAUCCACAAACUCUAUUCGAGGGCUAUAACGUACACUUCACCAAGAGUCUCAAAGCGACAUUUGAAUCUUUUGCUGAUAUUGAGGAAGUCUGCAAAGCUGCAGGCGCCAAGGCCGUCACAAGCACGAAGAUGGAUAAGACUGGGAACAGUAUCGUGCUUGCGAAUAACGACGAUGAUGCGGAUGCACAGAAACUGGCCAAGGAAGGCAUAACAUGCUAUACCAAAGAUAUCCUCAUCUACAGCAUCCUAAGGGGUGUCCUAGAUCUCCGCAGCAAUGACUUCAAGAUUACAGAGAAUACCACCAAGACGCCAUCCAAAGGGAAAAUGAAGCGGGGUCGUAAGAGCGGGUAA